AUGCGUCGCGGGGGUAGACCAACCCUACGGCAGGGCCUAGAUCGGGAGGUCUACCAGAUCGUACGCAAGAUUAUUGAUAGUCAGGCGGAGAACGAACACAAACGCCUCUCGGUACAGAUUAUCUAUGACACCAUCAAACGCUCAAAUUCGAGCCUAAAUAGAAAACCUAAACGGAUUCUGGAAGACAGCAUCGAACGGGUUGUGGAAGUGCUUGGAGAGGAGGAGGAUGACGAGUCUGUAGAAGGCGACUUUGGCGGACUGGAGGAAACCCCACCGGUUCCGGAAUCCAACAGCCUCAACAAGAGCAUAGUGGGUAUGUGGAGUACGACGUCGAAACUGCAGAAGUCCAACGAGCCCAACGGUACCACCGACUCUACUCCUGCGCCAGCGACGAGUAAAAGGCGACAGCAUGGAGGCGAGUCUCACUCGUCCAAAAGGCGCAAGGCCGAGAGUGCCAUCGAUCGGUCUCCCCCAACUCAUGUGAGCCUCUCGGAUUUGGGUGGAUUGGACGAUAUUAUCCAGGAUCUUGGAGACCUCGUCAUUCUUCCUAUGACUCGCCCACAAGUCUAUCUGUCGUCGAAUGUACAACCGCCGCGGGGCGUCCUCUUGCACGGACCCCCAGGAUGCGGAAAAACGAUGAUUGCGAAUGCCUUUGCAGCAGAGCUUGGGGUUCCCUUUAUUUCCAUUUCCGCGCCAUCCAUUGUCUCGGGCAUGUCGGGGGAAUCGGAAAAGGCACUGCGAGAGCAUUUUGAGGAAGCAAAAAGGAUAGCCCCUUGUCUAAUUUUUAUUGAUGAGAUCGACGCCAUUACGCCGAAGCGAGAAAGCGCACAGAGAGAAAUGGAGAAGAGAAUCGUCGCUCAGCUUUUGACAUGCAUGGAUGACCUGGCUUUGGAAAAGACAGAUGGAAAACCGGUGAUUGUUCUUGCGGCUACAAAUCGGCCAGAUAGCCUGGAUGCGGCUCUGCGACGAGGAGGCCGCUUUGACAAGGAGAUCAAUAUGACUGUGCCUUCGGAACCUGUGAGAGAGCAGAUCCUUCGAGCACUCACGCGCAAGAUGCGUCUUGCCGACGAUCUGGAUUUCCAGACUCUAGCGAAGAGAACCCCAGGCUUUGUGGGUGCCGAUCUCAACGACCUAGUUUCCACAGCUGGUUCUGCGGCUAUUAAGAGAUACCUAGACUUGUUGAAGUCCCAUAGCGGCGAAGAGAUGGAAAUCGAGGAAGUAGAUGACACCAGUCCCAUGGUCAAGGAGCUACGCCGUCUCAUCAGCCACGCCAAAGAGACGCCUAUAGGAGAGGAAGCGCAGGUUGUUCUAGUCUCAAAUGCGGAUUUCUUUACUGCACUCCCCAAAAUCCAACCGUCGUCGAAGCGGGAAGGCUUUGCUACCAUCCCAGACACUACCUGGGCAGAUAUUGGCGCCCUCGGAGGCGUCCGCGACGAGCUUUCGACUGCGAUUGUCGAGCCGAUCAAAAAUCCCGAUAUAUACGUCAAUGUUGGCAUCACAGCGCCCACCGGUGUCCUCCUCUGGGGUCCUCCUGGAUGCGGCAAGACACUACUGGCGAAGGCUGUGGCGAACGAGUCGCGCGCCAACUUUAUCAGUGUCAAGGGUCCCGAAUUACUCAACAAAUAUGUUGGUGAAUCUGAGCGCGCUGUGCGACAGGUGUUUGUCCGCGCACGAUCAUCCAUUCCCUGCGUCAUUUUCUUCGAUGAGCUUGACGCCUUGGUGCCGAGACGAGAUGACACACUUUCUGAAGCGUCUGCACGCGUCGUCAACACUCUGCUCACGGAACUUGAUGGUCUAGGCAGCAAUCGUCAAGGGAUCUACGUGAUAGCAGCCACAAAUCGACCAGAUAUCAUUGAUCCCGCCAUGCUGCGCCCAGGACGCCUGGAAACGCUUCUCUUUGUAAACCUGCCUAGCCCCUUGGAACGGGUCGAUAUAUUACAGACUUUGGUCCGCAACCUGCCCAUCGAGUUCAAUGAAGAUCUGAGAAAAUUGGCAGAGGAAUGUGAAGGGUUUAGCGGCGCAGAUUUGGGAAGCUUACUUCGCCGUGCUGGAUACUCAGCCAUCAAGAGGCGCGAUACGAUUAAACUCGAGGACUUUGCGGCAGCGAAGGCGUGUAUUCGACCCAGUGUGACGGAUUUGAAGAAAUAUGAAAGACUACGGAGGGACUGGGGUGGAGGGGUGAUGUAA